AGGAGGGCACAGGCUGUGCAAGCACUGCCGCUGCUUUCAGCAGAAGAGCCUUUCACCUGCUGGGAGCUGCCCUUGGCAAGGCGGCACUGGGUUUUUUGGAUCCUGAAAAUGAACUUCGGGAGGAUUUUCCUUGUCAAGUGCUUGCUGCUUUUGUUUCCCAAAGCAAAAUGUACCAGUACCAUAAAUUACAAGGCAGUGAAUGAGACAGCUCUACUCAGUUUCACUGCUGAAAACACGCACGAGAUAUUGUGGAGCAGAGACAAUGAGAGGCUGCUUCAGAUGAAAGACAAAAAAAUUAAAUAUUAUGUGGAGAAGACGCAGUGUAGGUGCAAGGUGCUCCUCAAUGGGACUCUCCGAAUAGAGCGGCUGGUGAAAGAAGACAGUGGGAUAUACAAGGUGUCUGCAUAUGACAAGAAUGGAAAGCUGAAGGCAAAUGAAACAAUAGUGCUCAUCGUUUUGGAGCCUGUCCCUCAGCCAAUCCUCAAUGCUGAAUGCAUUAAUAAAACCCUAUAUGUGAAAUGUACAGUGAAGAAGACUGAGAACCAGGUGUUUACAAUAGAAUUGACUCAAGAUAAAAUCAAUAAAUCACAAACGAAUGUAACAGAGGUGGAAUUUACUACUCGACACAGUGGGAGAUACAGAUGUAUUGUUAAGAAUCAAGUCAGCAAAAAAACAACUGAGAAGGAAAUAAAGUGUCCAGGCCAGCUGGAGCUCUAUCUCAUCUCAUGCAUAGCAGGAGGUGCAGUAUUCUUUGUUGUCUUUGUGAUUUUGCUUAUUUAUUGCAUCAGGAAGAAAAAAGCAGAUAGGCUUGAAGAUGAUGAUGAGGAAAGGAUGCAGAUCCACCAAGUGGACACAGAGAUGGCAAUGCGGAAGCUCCCUCAACCACCAUCCAACCCUAUCCCCCAGCAGACCUGUGUGCAGCAGACGCCUCCUCCACAGCCAUGUAUACAGCAGCAAGCAGUGCCCCCACAGCCCAGGCCACGUACCCAGCUGAGAGAGAGGCACUGAGUGUCUGUCAUGGGGGAUGGAGGGCUCUUUCUUAUGGAAGAAGAAAGUUUACAACAGUCAGGAACUUCUUCCACCCAGGCUUAUGUAGCACUCAGCUACGGAGCUGCAGAAGAUUAGGGAGAGCAUCAGGUAACUGGAGUUGAAGAGACACAGUGGAGGAGAUUGAAGAUGAUGAGAUCUGAGGCCUCUUUUCUUCAAGUGACUCUAUACUAAUGUAUAGACUACUGACACCUGCGUCUUUCUGUGGUUCACUUGUUUUUACUGCAGCUUGUUGUUGUCUUGCCUUCCAGAUGGGUUAUAUCAAAAAGUGAGAGUCUUUCUGAGACAAUGUGGGCUUGUGGAUCUUACCUGGUUUUAUCACAUAGCUUUUCAUUCUUUUGCUGUGCAUUAGAACAGCCCUCUGGUUUCAACAUCAGAUGCGUGAUCUCCUAAACAGAACAAUAAUCUGUAUAUAAUUAAUUAACUGGUCUGAUGUUGGAAGAAUUGGUGCUGUCCAACACAGAACAGUAAACAGAAAGGAGAUGUGAUGGACUUGAAGCAUGCACAUGUGAAAAAUUGUAAGGGGGAAGGAGUAUAUCCUUCAUUUUCUCUACUGCUUCAGCUCAGUUCCUGUGCUUCUUCACUGGCAAGUAAAAUGAAACAAUUUUCCCUAUAGA